CCCCCCUCCCCACAGAGGCAGUGAUGGAAAAAGACCCCAACUGCCACCAGGAUGUCCCCAAGAUGGUGGCAUGUGAUGGUGCCACCGAGGGGACAGAGACACAGCUGGACGACUUUGUGGGCGCCCACCCCGACUACAAUGAGGAAGAGGAGGAGCAGAAGUAUUUCCGCCGCAAGCGCCUCGGAGUGGUCAAGAACGUGGUGGCCGCCAGCCUGGCCGGCAUGCUCACCUAUGGUGUCUACCUGGGCCUGCUGCAGAUGCAGCUCAUCCUCCACUACGACGAGACGUACCGGGAGGUGAAAUACAGCAACAUCCAGCUGGAGGACAUCGACCGCAAGGUCUUGAUGGGCAUCAACGUCACCCCGGUGGCGGCGCUCCUCUACACCCCCGUCCUCAUCAGGUUUUUCGGCACCAAGUGGGCCAUGUUCCUGGCGGUGGGGAUCUACGCCCUCUUCGUCUCCAGCAACUACUGGGAGCGCUACUACACGCUGGUGCCCUCCGCCGUGGCCAUCGGGGUGGCCAUCGUGCCCCUCUGGGCUUCCAUGGGCAACUACAUCACGCGGAUGGCCCAGAAGUACUACGAGUACGUCAACUUCAAGGAGGAGCACGUGCAGGAGCAGCAGCGGGCGCCGCGGGGGGCCUGCAACACCUACAUCGUCAUCUUCCAGACCAUCUUCUACACCUGCUUCCACUUGAGCUUCGUCUGCGCCCAGAUGCCCACGCUCUUCUUCCUCAACAACUACCUCUACCAGCUCAACCACACACUCGCCGGGGUGAAGCACUGCGGGACCCUGAGUCAUGGCACGUUGCCCGGCUUCAACACCACGGUGCUGCAGAGCCUGCCCCGCAGCGUCAACCUCAUCAUCGUGGAGAGCGCCCUGAUGGCAGCUGCCUUCCUCGCCAUGCUGAUGGUCCUGGUGCUCUGCGGCUCGGCUUAUCGGCCCACGGAGGAGAUCGACCUGCGCAGCAUCGGCUGGGGGAACAUCUUCCAGCUGCCCUUCAAGCACAUGAGGGACUAUCGCCUGCGCCACCUUUUCCCCUUGUUCAUCUACAGCGGCUUCGAGGUGCUCUUCGUCUGCACCGGCUUCUCCCUGAACUACGGUGUGUGUGCCCUGGGGCUGGAGAAGCUGGCGUAUCUCCUCAUGGCCUACGGCUUCUCCGCCUCGGCCUGUUCCAGCCUGGCCCUCUGCGUGCUGCGCCUGCGCCGGCAGGUCCCGCUGCUGGCCGGAGCUGUUGUCCACGCUGCUCUCCUGGUGACUCUCUUCUGCUGGGCACCCGAGCCCCGGUACCUGCGGCAGGCCCCUCUGCUCUACACCAUAGCCGUGCUCUGGGGCGUGGGGAGCGCCCUCAACAAAACCAGCAUUAGCAUCCUCCUGGGCAUGUUGUACGAGGACAAGGAGCGCCAAGACUUCGUCUUCACCAUCUACCACUGGUGGCAGGCCCUGGCCAUCUUCACCGUCUACCUGUGGUCAGGGCUGCCCAUGAAGGCCAAGCUCUCCAUCAUGCUGCUGACGCUGGUGGUGGCCAUGGGGGCCUACCUCUGGAUGGAGCGCAAGCUGGCGCAGCACGUGGCGUACCGCCUGCCCCGCAUCCCCCGCCCGCGCCACAGGAUGCGGGGCUACCGCUACUUGGAGGAGGAUGACUCCGAUGAGACCGGCUCGGAGGACGAUGGCAGCGGCAAAAACAACAACGAGGAGCAGCCAGUGGACUCUGCCAGCGGGGACGAUGACCUGCCAAGAGAUGAUGAGGACCAGCUGGGUUAAGGACAGCUUGUCCCCGCUGCUACGGCGCACACACCCCCCCGCCCUCCUGGCUCUCUGAACCUGAGGGGGUGUCCAAAGCCCUCCCUGGAGCUGCACAAACCCCCAAACCAGGCCCUCAUUUCCAGGGACCCCAAGCAGGACAUAACUGCAGCCCCCCCA